AUGUACAUGUGGGAACUGGAGUUUGAGAGAGGGCAGUCCCUUCGAGGGGGUGGAGAUGGAUGGGUGUGCGAGUGGCCGCUGCAGCAGCUGCAGCAGCUGCUGGAUGAUUCCUUCUUUGUUGUGGUCGCAAAAGUGGAUGUGGUGAAAGUGGAUGGGGUGAAAGUGGAUGAUUUGAAAGUGUCAAUAAAGGGUUCCGGUACUGCCACAUCAAAAUUAAUUUGUGGUAUUUUGCGGAGCUUAGCCCUUGACCUUCUGCUGUUCAUAUUGUACACUUCGGACAGCAGACCUCAUCAAGGUUGUAAAAUCCUCAGGUAUCUGCUGCCGAUGACAUCCAGCUGUAUGCAUCUGGAUCAACAAACUCACCUCUUCAUCUGUCUACAGACGUCAGGAGUACAGUUGAUGCAGUAG